AUGGAUAAUCCACAUAGCUCGGAGGAUCUUAGCAUUCCUACCCAUUCAGACACUCACACGCCUACCACCCUGCGCUGCUGCUGUGGCCGCAAUGAUUGUGCCUUGCUCGAGCACAAUAAUGUAGCUCUCGAGGGCUUAGAGAAAGAUCUGGAGACUGCUGCAAGAUUAGGGCAGGCCUUGCUUCACCGCCAUGAAAGCUACAUGGCUGAGGCGGAAGAGGACCGCCAUCGCUUGGUCGCCAACAUCGAUGAUCUAGAGCGUGAAAAGAAACAAGUUCAGGCUGAAAAUGCGCGCAUCAUCGAAGAAAACCGCAGCCUCCUGGAGCAGCUUGACAGUCUUAACCAAGCCGUCGCCGAGUCUGACACUUAUGCCAAAUCACUUGAGGUCAGGUUGAACAGCACAGAGUCCGAGUUGCGACGAUUGACUGUGGCUGCAGCGCGCGCUGAGGAACUCGAAAUACAAGUAGCUUUCUUGGAGGCAGAAGAGUCCAAGCUACAAGAAACCCUUAUGUCUGUGCAAGAAGACGAGAAGUCAGCAGUCCAGCGGUGGAGACAGGCGGAGACCACUCUGCGAGAUCUUCAUGACCAAGUUGAUCGCAUCGAAAAAGAGGCGCGGGAGGAGCGCGAGCGACAUACUGAGCUCGUUCAGCGUAUGGAACGCAAGAGGGCCGUGGAGCGCGAGCUAGACAACGCAGCAGGACGCCUCAAGGGUGCUGCUGCCGCCUCUGAACUGAACCGUGGUGCCGGUGGUACUACCGUCGUCUCUCGCUUCGUCAAGGAUAUCCUGCAAGACAACGCCAACCUACAAGUGGGGAUAAUGGAACUGCGCGACAUGCUUCAGAGUUCAAACGAAGAGGUGCAAAACCUACGGGAACAGGUGAUCUCACAUCAGCCGCUGGCCGGAAUCGAUGAAGAUAGUGCGCAGCAAAGGUCUUUCACGACACUGAGCGAAGAGCUAGAAGCAAAAGAAGAACGACGAGUGUCUCAGGAGCUCCACAUCCAUCAUCAUUUCCACACACCAACCGCAGCUCCUAAGAAGGAGAAAGGCACGUUGAACCGUCGCGUGAAGAAACGCCGCCCUGCGUUGGCGAGUCCGAUAGCACUGCACUCCGCACGAUCACACUCGCCACGACGAGCCAUCCACCGCUCCCAAUCAUCUGGAUCAUCCAUGUCAACCAUCUUAUCCCACACAUCUGUCUCUAUUCCGCCUCACUCAUCCUCUCGCCGCUAUUCAUUACAGUCGCAUGCUCCGGACUCGCUGGCAAGCUCUCCUCGAUCUGCGUACCGGACAUCAUCAAUAUUCGACCGUGUGGAAUGUGCCGUUGAUUUCUCCCAGCCUACCAGCCCUGGCAGCACCGUCUUUUCUUCGCCUUUGAUGACCGCGCGGACCUUCCAAGGCCUUGAUGGGCCAUUCCGGGCAAUAUGUGACGAUAGUCAUGAUCCACCCGACGACUUGUCCGCACUUGAAGAUGGUCCCUACAGGCGCCAAGACUUCUCGAACAUGGGUGAUAAUAGAGAGCCUGCCAUCCCUGAAGAAUCAGAAUCAUCCCCAUCCGGGGCAUACUUCCCAUCGGCCAUGGGCGAACAGGAAAUGGUCACCGAGGAUGAAAUUUUUCCCAUGCAUGUACAGUCUUCAUCCUUGCACAGAUCUUCUUCUCAUGACAGCUUGCUCUCCGUGGCUGGUAUGGACAUCCACACCCCCAACAACCGCCAUGCGCGAAUGGGAGACUGGCAUCCCGGCAUGCGGAUUCCUCGGCGCAUCUUGUCUCCCAGUGUCCAACUGGUCUCCACGCCGCCGGUGAUCUCUGCCCCAGCUAUCACGGCCGAUCGCGCAAAGGGCUCAGAGCAUUCGUCCAAAUCAUUGCUUGCUUCCAUGGCUGCAGGAAACAGUCACAGAUCCGAUACGGCCUCCAUUGCCUCCUCCCAGAGCACCAGCAACGCCUCAACAUCAACCAUUGGCCCGCGCAAGGCUCCGUUGAGUCGCCGCGUGGGUGGCUGGGUCCUGGGCCGAUGGGGCAUAGCAGCAGUCUCAUCCAAUGUUGACUCGCAUGAUUCGACGGAGUCACCCGCAGAGUCUCCUGGUGUGUCUGUCGCAUCCUCGCCUUCCGUACCCUCACCUUCCAUGUCCGCGCCUAUCCACCCGGAUCCGCUGGCUCUCCGCUUCCGACGCCCAGGCGUGAACCAGAAGGGACCGAUAAUGGGUCUGCGUCCUCCACCUCCUGCUCCCAUCGUUAUUCAUGCACAGAGCAUUGAUGAGAACUUGCUGCGAGAGAGUCUAGUCGAUGAGACUGGCUAG